GAGGAGGUCGUGGAGGCGGAAGAUCAGGCGCAGGAGGAGUCUCUGGAGGAGGAGAUGACGAUGAUGGGGCUAGGGCUGGCGCAAAGGACUCUGAUGACGAAAAUGAAGACGAGCCAGAAGUCAGUAUAGAAGAACAAUUCAUCCUGCGAUUACCACCAGGAGAAAUGUGUGACCGGUUCAGAGAGAAGGUGAUUGCCCGUGAAAUAGAUGAAGAUGUCAAACUUCGAUUUGCAGAUGCAAGGCGUGGAACAUUUACGUUUGAAGGUGUCGAGUUCCCAACAAAGCUAGUGGAUCUGCCAACGAUCACUGAGGCCCAAAAGACACUUAAUGGGAAGCAGAUGUACAAGAUUGCGGAUAUUUCUCAGAUGCUUAUUGUGGACCCGACUCCAAUCGAAAAGACUCCUCAGAUAAAAGCAGAACCAGGAGUAGAUUCAUCAGCAACAGCAACAGCAGCAGCAGGGACAGGAGCAGCAGGAGCUACAACUGGGACAAACGGAUCUAUGCCAGCCCCAUCUUCAUUGCCACCGCUUAAAUUGAGCGAUUAUAUCUGGCCUGAUGGCCUGACAAACCCAUUGAAGAACGUGCGCAAGAGGCGUUUCAGGAAACGUGUAUCCAAAGUGGCGGUGGAAGGCGUCGAAAAUGAAGUAGAGCGACUACUCAAGGAAGAUUCCGCCGCAGAAGAAGUUGUAUAUGAAAUCCGAGAACAGAUUGAUGGCAUGGAUCGAUUCGACUCCGACGAUGGAGCCACGCCGGCGCCAGAAGGUGCGCAUAGUGACAUGGACAUGGAUGGCGAAAUGAUGGAUAUGGAUGAGGAUGAAGAUGAGGAUGAUGACGAUCUCUUGGCAGAGAUUGAAAGAGAAAUCGGUGGAGGCGAAAAUUCAUCCGACGAGGGCGAUGAUACUGGUGGUACACCUCAACCUCAGGAAAAAACGUCUGUUGGACAGCUUGGUAAUGGAAUUAGAAAUAUCAGUGGCGCUGAAGCUGGUACUGGUGGAGGUGGUACGGCAGUCAAGAAUGUUGCGGGCAACAAACUGGGAGCUGCUUCUGACUUUAUGACUGGAGUUACUGCGCCUUCUCGCUCAAUAUCAUCUUCUACUGGCGGUGCCAAUUCAUCCUCCACAGUCAAGGGUGACAAGGGCAAAGUCAAAAUUGCAGGUGAUGACAACGAAGAUGAGGACGAGGACGGCGAUGAAGAUGAUGAGGAAGAAGAGGAUGAGGAGGACGAGGAUGAGGAUAGUGGUUCUGACGAGGAUGAUGAGGACGAAGAUGAAGAUGAUAAAGAAAAUGCACAGAUGGAGAAGCUACUCAAGGACGAGAUCAAGGAAUUGAACGGUAGGAUCAGAGACCAUGAAGAGAGACUUCAGUCAGCGCCUAACGAUAUUCUCAGGAGACGUUUCGGCUCUAUUUUGGACAAUCUUCGCAGGGAACUGGAGCUCAAAACGAUGCAAUUGGAAGAGGCGAAGGGACCAUCCAAACCAAAAGCUUAGUAUAUAU